AUGUCAAAACGCAAAGCUUCCGAUUCCUCUUCAAAAAAAUUAGUUCAACAAAAAUUAACUUCGAUAUUCACUUCUACUAAAAAUGACAAAACAGUUAAUGAAAAAGAUAACCCAAGAAAAAAGUUUAAACAAACUAUUAUUGAAAAAGAAGAAGUACAGCCCGAUGUUGAGGCACCACAUGAAGAUACUGCAACUUCUGUUAGACAGGAGGGUCACGUCUCAAGCCAUCAGAGGAUAUUAGACGAUGACUCUGAUGAUGAAAUAUUUGAAGAAGUCGAAGCUUUAACGUAUGAAGACAAUAGUGUUUUACACGAAGCUUCCAAUGUAGAAAGCGAACCAGAAGAAUUAGUAGAAAUUCAACCAAAGCUUACGUUUCAUGAUGAAAAUUAUACACCAAUAGAUAAAUUACUUCACGCAUUUGACCUCAAUUAUAAAUUUGGUCCUUGUAUUGGAUUAACAAGAUUAGAGCGCUGGGAGAGAGCUCAUAGAAUUGGUUUGGAUCCGCCUGAAGAAGUUAGAGAUGUAUUGACUUCUGAAGCAAAAAACUCUGAACUAAAUGAAUGUGUUUUUUAUGGUAGAGUCUGA